AUGCGCCGCUUGUUCAUCCUCCUCGAGGGAUCAACUCAUCUUGCGGAUUACAUUUGCCGUUUCGUUCACAUCAAAUUCCACGUCGAUUCAUUCUCCUUGCGAGAGACGGCAUACUCUGCCAGUGGGGUGCAAGAGCGGAGCGAGGACAUGGAAUUCGAGGACAUUUUCGCAGGCGUUCUCUUUAGGUUGAACAACCUAGAGGACCUCCGCCUCUCCCAUCUCUGUGACGAGAAACCAACCAGGUGUCCGAACUAUGCGCCCCAGCCCACGCCAGACACUGCUCUUGAGGAUUUAAGAGAGACAUUCGAUUGUCGCGCGCGGGCCAAGAUGGUCUUCUACGGAAUGGACGAGCAAGCUCAAUGCAUGAGCACGGUUGUGACUCGGGAAUCGUACCCUCAUCUAAGGAACUUUACCAUAGAUUUCUACAGCCAGUUACCGGACAUGGAGAUACAGACCAGCGUGCUGGACGAUGCAGAAGCCGUCUUCGGGGGGAUGAUGAAAGAGCAUUUCACGCAUCUUCUCGGAUACCCGAGUAUAGAUGUUCAGAUAACUGGAGAGGUUGAAUUCCAGCUGAAUCCCCUGGACAGGAAUAGUGAUUGCCACGCUCUACGGAAGGUCUCAGUCUCAUAA